AUGCGACAAAAUAUUUUGAAAUUUGGCGGCAUAAAUGCUUCAAGGUCAGGAUUCGGGAAGCAAACCAGUAUGGAGUGUCUGAGUUCAGAAUCAAGUGCAGUUUGUGACAAUCAAGCUACCAAACACAUCAGAGAUCCCGAAUCUAAAAACGAUGCAUCUAAGCAAAAGAAAACAUGCAAAAAGUCACAUCACCAUUUCAGUCACAAACAAAGCAAUAACGAUUGCUGCAAAAGUUCUUGUAAACCCGACGUUCUACGAAAUCUUUCAACCGUAAUUCAAAACUGGAAGUUGGGUGAUAAAGCUCCAUGCCACAAAACAACAAAUAUUGUGAGCACUUUUAAAAACAUUGAGAAACGAAUCAUUCAUGGAAGUGUUGAAAAAGUUCCAUCUGGUUGUGAGGCUCCUGGCGGUGGACUAGCCUACCCGAAAGAAACCAAGUUUAUUUUUCAUUAUCAAAUUCGUAAACUGGAUGAAGACUGUACUGUAAUCGAUGAUACCCGUAAGUAUGGAAAAACGAUGGAGGUGUAUUCGGGAAAAGAAUUCCAGCUGGAGUUUUGGGAACAAUGUUUAGGAACUAUGUUGCCUGGGGAAGUUUCAUCAUUUGUUGUACCACAUGAAAGGUUGGCUUCAUUUCCCGCUGUAAAUAAAAAACUCCGUGAUUACAUGUUAAAUAAAAAAGAUCAUUCUGUAAAACACUGUUGCGGAUUAAUGAGCUUACAAGAGCAAGGCGGUUUAGGCUAUCCAGAUUUGGACGAGUUGAUGAUGAAACCUGAAGCACUUGAAUUUAUUUUUGAUUUAGUUAAAGUCGAAAUCCCAGGCACUGGUAUUCGUAAAGAAACAUGGAUAAUGACGCCUGAAGAGAAAUCGGCAGUGGUACCAAUUUUACGUGAAGAAGGUAAUCAAUUGUAUAAUCGUGGGGAAUAUAAUGAAGCUGCUGCAUGUUAUAGUGAAGCGUUAGGCAUUUUAGAACAGUUAAUUUUACGAGAAAAACCAGGAGAACCGGAGUGGAUUGUAUUGGACAAGUUACAAAUACCUUUAUUCGUUAAUCUUGCACAAUGUCAGUUUAAAGAAAAAGACUACUAUGCUGCAAUAAAAAGUACUACUGAAGCGUUGUCAAGAGAUCCUACAAAUGUAAAAGCACUUUAUCGCAGGUCUAAGGCGUAUACAGAAACUUGGGACUUUGAUCUAGCUGCUGAGGAUCUACGUAAGCUAGCCGCUUGUCGUCCGGAUAUGAAGAACACAGUCAAAAAUGAACUAAACAUUAUCGAAACUAAACGUUUUGACGAAGAAGUCAAAGGAAGACAAAAACUAGCUGGGAAACUCUUCGCUUGUACAAAAUCAGUCCCAGAAUCAAAUAUAAAUUAG